AUGGAAAGUGGUUUAGUAGAAGCUCUUUUCGAAGCCAUCACAGUAGGCGACGAGGAGCAGGUGGAAUUGUGCUUGAAAAGUGCGACGAUCGCGAUUGUAUUGGAGUUUGAGGCAAUCUACGGGGAAUCACCGCUGCACUUGUGCGUGAAACUUGGCGGCGUGAGUCAUCUCGGCUUGGUGCGCCGUUUGCUGGCUAGUGGUUUGGUGGAUUUUGAUCAGCGUGAUAACGAAGGACAAACGGUUCUGGAGUACGCAUAUCAAAAUGGAGAUCAAGAGCUAACGAAGCAGCUUAUUGGAGUGGAAAUGGAGGGCUUAGAUGAUGUAACUGCCUGCUAUAAGAUGUUGAAGCAUGAUUCGCUGGACCUUUUCAAACUGUUUCUUUCGAUGAAGAACAUGAGUGAGGACGAGACGUUCAAAAACAUCGCCAGUGCGUUCGUGAAGUUGAAUGUGAAAAACUUUGUUCUGUCGGAGGAGCUGCGACACUUCGCCCAGUGGAAACUUUCGGACUACGCAUACCGGAACUUGUCGGGAAAUUGGCGAGGUGUAAAGGACCCAACGGAGUGGAAGGACCAUAUCGAUAUAAUCGACGACUGCUGGCGAGUGAUAAGCGAGAAAUAUGAUACACGCUUAUAUGACGAUGUUGAUGACCAGUUGCUGCAUCGAUUGCACGUCAUCCAUAAUUGCCUCUACUUUCUCAAGCACAAACAAUUCCUUAACCAUCUACCCAUGUCCGAGAUUGUCUUCUGUGUCGCGAUGUUUAUUUCCGUUUUCAAGAACAAUAAACAAUUUAUGGACCUCGCUCUAAUAGUGAAUAAACGGCUUGUGAUGGACUUCGUGCGAAUGGUUCAUCGGCAACUGAAACUCACCAAAAACCAUCUCGAGAUGGUGGAGAAAGAGCUUACUACGAUUAUGCAGGAAGCUCAACGCUUGAAUACCCAUGCUAAAGAUCGUUUAAUUAAAGAGAUGUUAGAGAAGCUGAAAACAAGCAACUUCCCUAAUAAGGCUCAUUGGAUUGCAGAGACAACGAAGAAAAUAAAUUAUGCAGACGAACCGAACAAGGAUGUGCUGAUAAAGGAUAUGAUGAAGAAAUUAAAAUCUUCCGAUAAAAUGUAUUUUACUAAUGAAAUUCAAGUCAUAGACGAGUCGAAUAAACGACGCUUCAUUGAUGCGAUUGGAAAAGGAGACUUACAUGUGACCCAUUCGCUGAAUGUGGCGAAUCGGCUGAUGGCAGGAUGGAAAAAGGGUAAAACAAUUGAUACUAUAGUAGCAGAGACAGUUGGCGAAGAAUGUUUCGACUUGAAGCGUCAUCUGCGUGGUAAAGAUCGGUGCAUCAUACGACAGGCAAAGAAAUGGUACGGAAAAACGAGGCAAUUAUAUUCGCUGCAAAAAGUGUGCAUGUACUGUGAUCAAAUACCUGAGCUACUAAGAGCUGAGGACACCGUCACUCCAGACGCUGGGAUGAAGCGGAUGAUACAAGUACUUGGAGAAACCCUGAAAAACACACAAAACUCACCAAACAUGCCUGGAAAGGUAGAGCAGACGUUACGGAUCUUUCUAUCAGGCCUGUUUCCGACAGCGGUUAAAUCACUACGGGAAGCAUUUUCACAUGGAAUAUCCCUCAAGAAGGUAUUGGCGGGAGAUGACGCAAAUAAGAAGCUCAGUAACGCUAUGAAAAAUCAUUUUCAUGGAGUAAGCGUAAUGCUUCAGCUUUUGCACGUAGUUGCGCUAGCAGAUGCUAAGAAAACGUUGUAUGGCUUAAUGCGCCGGUGUGGUUCCUACGAAGAACUCCGUUCACUUCUACUUUAUGUUGGUGACAUAAACGAAACAGAACUACGGCAUUCCGUGUGCUACGGAUACGUUCAAGAAUAUUUCCAAGACCUCAAUAACCGUUUUAUACAGCUACGUGAGAGUGCUGUAGCACAAACGAGAGAGUAUGCUUAUCAAAUAAGUCAAUUCGAGAUGAAACGUGGCAUCGUGGAAGCAUUGGGAAAAUAUUUCGAAGAAAACCAAAACCUAAGCUUUGUUGAAAUACGAAGGGCUUGCUUUGUAGGGGACGAUCUAUCGGCUAUUCGUCGUUUGUUGGACUGGAAACUAACUAUGGGAUGGGCUAAUAAUUUUUGGACUGACACGCAUGCAUCAUGGAUUUCGAUGGGAACCGUAUCAUCCGUCCUGGAAUGGAAAGGUUCUCGGUUGAUAGGAUUAAAUCCUAUUACAUUGGCCGGUCUUUUCAAGAUCAUAGCAUCUACCAUGGAUAACGUUGAACGUUUGGACUAUAUUUGGCACACCCAUAAGCUAAUCCAAGACCUAGGUUUAGCGGACAGCUUAGGUGAGAAUGCCGUGCAAGAACUUAAUCAUCGUCUGAAGUCAUAUUACGAUAACAUUUUUCUUGUCGAAAGUAAAUGGAGAAUAGUUAAAAGCUUCUGUAUCAACCGAAAAAUAGAGCUGGACGAUAAAUUGGUGAAUGAGUUAAUAAAGAGGGACCAGGACAAAUUGCAGGAACUCUUUGACGGUCGUCGUGAAAAACUUCGUUUUAUUCUUGAAAAACACAGAUUGAAUACAGUUGAAAAUCUUGCGAAUCGUUUAUAUUACCUUCACCCGUCUUCUGUGCUCGCUUUGGAAUACCUGCAAUUGGAGCUCAGUGAAAUGUUGGUGUCGGUUGGAUACUUUGGUGAUAGUUUCCAAUAUAUGAAGUAUCGAUUACCGGUGAUACAAGGGAAAAACUAUCGCAACUUUUUGGCACACGACAGCGUGUCGUACAAUAUGCUAACCGAUUCCUCAUUGGAGAAAAUCGUAAUAAACGCAUAUGUAUUUGCAUAUACUGAAUUGAAAUUGUUUGGCAAUAGAGUCACUAAGGUUGAGGACAGCAGUAAGGCCUUGCCAACCGUAAAGGAUACACACGAAUGGGCAAGCGAGCAAUAUCAACUGUUAUGCGCUUUUCGAACAAAAAAUGUGGAUACAAUUGUGGAUGCAAUGAAAAAUGGGGGUGAAAUAAGGAGCCAGUUCUGCUGUUCGUCAAGCAAACGGUACUGUUCCCCCCAAUAUGUCAAACUAGCAGAGCGGGUGGAUUUGUGUAACACAGAACCAAUGGUUGUGGAAUUCUUAAAUAAAUACUUUUCAAAUUUUUCUGAACAAAGUAAAGAUCCGGCCCGUCAGCUUAAGAGCGCUCUAAUGGCGUGCAAUUAUCAGAGCGCAUUUGAUCGAACGAUAGGGCGAGGCGAUACGGAGAUCAGGGAGGAGCUUUUCGAUUGGCCAGAACUCAUUUCCAGUUUGCGCAAAACAAAUUUAUUCAUUCACCUGGUCGCGGUCUCCAACAGGGAACCGAUCCUAAGGAAAUUGAUCGAGCAUGGUAACGAACGAGGCGUUCGAGAGAUGCUUCCCUACUUUGAUGUAUUCCAUCACGUGGGUGAACGGGGUCCGCUAGGAGAUGCUCUACUGUAUAAUGUUAAAUCUAUUGCCGAAAUAUUGUUCCCUCGAACACCGAAACCUCAUCUGGCAGUAGGACUUCUCGCAGUAAUGAUACAUUGGCAUGAUUUAUUUUUCAAAAUGAUGGUCAAUGUUGAGAUGGACUCCCGCAUAUACCAGUUCCUUCUAAUCACAGUCGCACAGGCGAGAAAUUACACAGCAGCGGUGUGUCUGCUCGAGCAUGAUACAUUUAAAUAUUUUAUACCAGAAGUUUUCGAAGAUGUUUGUCGAAAAGCGGGCGGAAUGGGCGAAACAGACAUGUUACAGCAUUUAUUGAAUACUUAUCCAGCUACCAGUAAAGUACUUGCUGAAAUAACAUAUCAUGCAGCAGUACGCAAGCGAUGGAAGUGCGUUAGCUUGUUGCUUGAUCGUGAUGCCCCUGUUGAUAUCCUAUAUCCUGGAAAAAGGCAUGAGGAGAACAACACCUUGGUUAUACUGGUUAAGUUUGGGAUGUGGCGAUUAAUUGAACGCGUACGAUCAGUCAACUGUCAUAUUUACGCCGAUAGUAGAGUACAUCCUCUUGCUGUAGCCAUUCAGUACGGAAAUGCUAGUGGAAGUAUGGUUCGAGCCUUGCAGCGUCUUGGUUUCGAUUGGCUUGACAACUCUAUAAUUCUUCAUGAGGCGAUUGCAAAACGGAACGAUACAAGAUUGGCAACUAUAUGGGAGAAGAUAGACACGGUUCCUUCAAAUCAUUUGGAAAUAGAGGAUAGCCACUUCGCGUUUGCAAUUAAAGUUUUAACAACAUGGCAAACGAUAGGAUUUGUAGAAGAGUCAACAACUCUCGAAACAUCACUUAUAUAUGCUAUACAGUAUAUGGAUAAAGAUAUGAUAAAAGAACUCUUAGAUCGUGCGAAAAGUAUGCGUCACCUAGAGGGAAUAGGAAUCCUGAAUAGUAUAGUAUUCAAAACAAGCACAUCGAUCGUUUGUUUCGGCAAACGAAGUGAAAACCGCAUUUGUAAUGUGCAGAAAAGCUGUAAAGAUAUGAUUACGAGGUUAAUGAGCAUCGUUGUGCUGGAUAUGGCUUGGCAAGAGUUCACGAUUGAUCUAGGUGUGCCAGUGGAGUUCUAUGUCUUAUCAGCAAACAAAGAAAAGAUCGACCUAUCGCAACAAACCACAGACGUUGAUAUGCGGAAAUCAGGAUCGAUGUUGAAUCGUCUCAAUGAUUUUAUGAUGGUAUCAAAUGCAUUAUUUGCGGAGGCCUCGGUUGUUGCAGCGCACUUUAAGCUAAGUGAAGGAACUUCCGUGUAUUUCUGGCAAGUAGAAGAUAUAAGUUGCGUUUACAAUAUUCUUCCCCUUGGAUCCGAGAUUGAUUUGUCAUCAACUGUUAAUUAUAGAAAUUUUCUCGGCGAAACUCCACUGCAUAAGUGUUUCCCGAACGAUGAGCUGAACAUAGUUAAAAUGCUAGUUGAAGCCGGUGCCAACCCACUAUUUGCCGAUCAGAGUGGAAUGGCAGCGAUUCAUGUUUCCUUGUGGAACUCCAAAGACUACGCCGUCGCGCGUUACCUUGUUGAAGUUUGCCAGGAUCGCGAAUUACGCAACGAACACGGGGUAUCUCUGGUUGAUCUUGAGGAUGGUGAUAUGAAGAAUCGAUUAAUACACAUUGCUGCCAUGACUGGCCGGCGCGACAUAGUUGAGCGAUUGCUCCAGUUCAAAGUUGACGUCUCAGUGAAAAACAGUAUUGGGUUUACACCAAUUCAAGCUACUCUGGCUGGUACUUUAGCCAAUAACAUACGCCUGAUCAAAUUACUGCUCGAUUACGAUUCAAGUUCUAUCGACGCGAUCGAUCCGAUGGGAAACACAUUGUUGCACUCUGCUGUGAAGCAUCAUUCUAUUGAAGUAUUGCAGGAAAUAUUAAAACAUGAUCCAGAUGUAACGAUCUCCGUUGAAGGAUGUACUGCACUUUUAGUAGCUAUAGGGUUGAAAAAGGUCCAUUUGGCCAAAUGUUUGCUCCGGCAUGCGGUUGAAAAGGGUAUCCGUGGAAUCACGAACAUAGAUGAAAUAAAUCUAGUUUCAUUUUCACUGAUAUGUAAUGACUUCAGUUUAUCAAAGUGUCUUCUUGAGUAUGAAUUAGAACACCCACUGGAGAAAAUCAGUGUGACUGACCUACCACGAAUCGAAGCAUUACUGAACUCAACUAUUCUUAAGGAUUCGAACGAAACUGUAUGGGAAUUUGUACAAUCGCGUGAGCUACCGGAGUCUGAGAAUUUUCUAGGUCAUUUGAAAGUUCUAUGUAUUUCACUCAGAGAUCAAUAA